AUGCGUUUCUGUGUGCUAAAAAAUAGGAUUAAAAAAAACAGCUUGACAAUAUGUAGGUAUGGACAUAAAAAUAUACACACAGAAAUCGAACAAAAUGAAAAGAAGGUUGAUAUUAUUGAAAAGUUAGUAGAACGAUAUAAACACCUUCGAAAAGAAGAUAGAAUGAAAUUAAUAAAUAGCCAUUUAGAAAAUAUUAAAGAAAAAAAUAUAGAUAUAAUAUAUGAAUUUACAAAAAAAAAAGAAGAAAAAGAAAUAAAAGAAGAAUAUGAGAAUAAAAGGAAAGCUAAAUUAUUAAAAUUAAGAAAACCAGCUUAUUUACAACCAAAAAAUGUCAAAAAAAAAAUUAAUAAUGAAUUUACAAUAGAUAAUAAAUAUGAAGAAUUAGUAUGUUCUGAAAAAGAAAAAGAAUUAAAACCUAUUGAAAAAUAUACACUUGUUGAGGAUGUCUAUAAAGCAUAUAUUUAUAGUAAAGCAUUCUCAUUAUUAAAUAAUAAAUAUAUUACUAAACAUAAAAUAAGUAAUGAUUUUAAUUAUGUUAUGAUUAAUUCUAUAAAAAAAUACCUUUUAGAAAAAAUCAAACCAGCAUUAAUAAACGAAUUUAGUGUAUAUACCAAUCCAUAUAUGCUUUUAAAAAAUUCUUUACAUAAUCUCAUAUUACAUGAACAUGUAAAGAAUUGUUAUGAUGAAAGUUUGAUAGAAAAUUAUAUAAAUAAAAAAACAAGUCUAAACAUUUUAAAAAUAAAUAGUGCCGAUGUACCGGUUGAAGUAUAUGAACCCCUAGUCUCAUUUCAUGGCAAUACACAUUACAACUAUAACGUCCAAGAAAAGUUCAAACUAAGCAUAAAUACGUUCCUCACCAUUUUAGAUACAAUUCAAAAAGGGAGUCCAAACUCAACAAACAAAAAUGAACAAAAUGAAUCAAGUAAUAAUAAAAUGGAAUAUAAAGAUAUGUCUAUCUUAAUAAAUAAUAUACUAAAAAAAUUGCCUGAAAAUAUAAAAUAUCCAUUUGAAAAUUAUCCGUUUGAAAAUUUUAAAUCAUUUAAAACUAAUAUAAAAAAAAAAUAUAUUGGAGGUAUUAAAAAUAAUAAACCUGCAAAUAUAGAAGAUGAAGAGAUAGCACAUAUGAGGUACCCAAACUUACAAUGUGUUUCUCAUUCAUUACCAAAGGAUCCUAAAUAUAGAGACAAUGUUAUACAUGCUAUUAAAGUUUUAGAACGAUCUAAGCAUUGGGAUUAUAAUAGCAAAAUAAAAGCCAUUAAUACUUUAGUUGAAGUAUGGAAUAAUAUGAAUAAGAGUGAACAUUAUGAACAAGUUUUAGAUAAAGCACUUCCUUCUAUUUAUACAAAAAAUAUGCUACGAAAAACAAGGACACGACAAGAUACAUACAACAAGGGACUUUCAUAUAUACAGUCCCUCACUACUCAAAAACCUCUCCACGCUCGUUCAAAAAAAAAUUAG